GCUUCAGAUUUUUCUGUCAGCAACCAAAACUCGUGGCCUUUUACGUGUACCGUUCGCGUAUAUUCCAUUUUAGGAGUACUGAAAACUAAGGAUAUCCUGAUGGAGCACCUUAACUGUUUGGGGCUUAGCGAGCAAAAAGUGAAAGAGACUCUUAAAAAUGCUGCGCUUACAGCUACAAUUACUCGAGCUUUCUCCUAUUUGCCAACUGGUGUGCAGCUUACUCCGGCAAAAAAAUUACUCCUGUUCCAGGUUUGCUCGAAACUGAAACCGCAAAGUUCUUCUUUCUUGGAAAUUUUGGUAAGCAAGGUGGUUGACGGGAGUCUCGAUACAAGCCUCAGGGUCGAUACUGCUCUCGAGUACUUGCUAGCGAAUGUUGCAAAAGGCUCGUUCGACGAAGCUGAAUUCGACAGAACUUGCGGUGUAGGGGUAGUUGUGUCGCCAGAGGAAAUUGAGCGAGCAGUUGAGGCAGCUUUAUUGAAACACAAGGAAGAUAUUGUGCAGCAACGGUAUAGGUUUAAUGUGGGGAAGCUCCUUACGGAAAUCCGCCACUCAUUACCGUGGGUUGAUGGUAGAGCCUUAAAAAACGAAAUUGACGUGCAGAUAUUUGACCUCCUUGGUCCAAAAACGAUAGCUGACGAAAAUCAAAACAAGAAGAAGCAAGAAAAGGUUAUUCCAAAUGUAGGAAAGCCGACAGCGAUAAAUAAAACCGAAUCAACGACCAAUGGGCUAGAUGCGUUUCCCCGUUCUAUGAUCGAUUUGAUGCGAAACGUCGAAUUUCAUCGACCUGGAGAAAAUUUCAAAACGGAUGGUUAUGUUGUAACACCAAAAACGGAAAGACUGCUGCAGGAGCAUCUUCGACGAACGGAGGGCAAAGUACGAACUCGGUUUCCCCCCGAACCGAAUGGCAUUCUUCACAUUGGGCACGCGAAAGCUAUCAACAUAAACUUUGCAUACGCCGCAGCCAACGGUGGUGUAUGCUUUCUCAGAUACGAUGACACUAAUCCGGAGAAAGAGGAGGAAAAAUUCGUCCACGGAAUUCACGAGGUUGUCGAAUGGCUGGGUUAUAAACCGUUUAAGGUGACUUACUCUUCCGAUUACUUUCAACAAUUGUAUGAGUUUGCGAUACAGUUAAUUCGGAAAGAUUUGGCCUACGUAUGUCAUCAAACUGCAGAACAAAUGAAGGGGUUCACUCCGGAAACAUCCAAAUGGCGCGAUCGUCCCAUUGCAGAAAGCCUUGCCUUGUUCGACGAUAUGAAAAAUGGAAAAAUUGACGAAGGGGCAGCUACUCUAAGAAUGAAGGUUACAUUGGAAGAAGGUAAAAUGGACCCAGUGGCCUACAGAAUUAAAUUCACACCACAUCAUCGCACUGGCACUCAAUGGUGUAUCUAUCCCACGUACGAUUACACACAUUGCUUAUGCGAUAGCUUGGAGGACAUAACUCAUUCGCUUUGUACAAAGGAGUUUCAAUCGCGGCGAUCUUCCUACUACUGGCUCUGCAAUGCACUGGACAUCUAUUGUCCCGUACAAUGGGAGUAUGCACGACUUAAUGUCAAUUAUACUGUAGUUUCAAAGCGAAAGAUCAACAAACUUAUUACAGAAAAUAUCGUCAACGAUUGGGAUGAUCCGAGGUUAUUCACACUAUCAGCUCUUCGACGUAAGGGAUAUCCUGCUGAAGCAAUAAACAACUUCUGUUCCCUGAUGGGACUUACCGGUGCACAAACGUCUAUUGACCCCGCUGUACUUGAAGCAAGCGUACGUGAUGCGCUUAAUAUUACUGCUCGACGUACGAUGGCGGUACUAGUCCCCUUGAAAAUAGUGAUAAAAAAUUAUCCGCAUAACGGACCGGUAAAACUACCAGUACCUAAUUUCCCAAAUGAUACUGAAAGAGGUUCUCAUGAAGUGUGGUUCGACCGAAUUUUGUACAUAGAAGCGUCAGACUUUUUGGAACAAGCUGAUAAUUCUUUCCGCCGCCUAACAGUCGGACAAGCUGUCGGUCUGAAAUAUACUGGUAUGAUGAUAAGAGUGGAAACAAUAGUACGUACUGGUGACAUCACUACUCCAUUGGAACUAGUAUGUAACAGCGAAUUGUGCACAGAGACAGUUAAGCCAAAGGCUUACAUCCACUGGGUGGCCAAGCCCGUGUCCGUCGAGGUUCGACUCUAUGAAAAAUUAUUCGCGCAUAAGAAUCCAGAAGACUCCACUGAUGUUCCAAAUGGUUUUCUAAGUGAUUGUAAAGAGGAUACGAUGCGUUCGAUUUGUGGUUACGUCGACGAGCAUAUGAAACGUAGCUGUGUCUACGAAAAGUUCCAAUUCGAACGCAUAGGGUUUUUUUCUGUAGAUCCCGACACUAUCAAAUGUGGGCAGCUGAUCUUUAAUCGCACCGUUACUCUGAAGGAAGACGCAGGCAUGUCUAGUAAAUAAUGAAAUAUGAAAUGUAAUUUAUCGCGUAAUAAUUGGACCUAAUAAAGCUGUUUUCGUACAUGCAAUAUUUGGUAAAAGACUGGACAGAAAUAGGCC